AUGACCUUAACAGACAUUGUAGAUUUAUCCAACGAUGAUGAACUUGGAGAGGUUGAUGUGAAACCUGUUAAGUUGGAGCCAGGUCUCGUUGCAAGAAAAUUGCAACAGAAUGAGAACAAUAAGGCUCUACUUGCGAAGCAUCAAAAGUCAAAAACCCCAUGUGCAAUACGAGAAUAUGAAGAAAAUAGGAGCUCAAAUGCUCUAAGUACUGGUCACAGUAGCUCUAGUAUAUUAGACCAAGGGCAGUCACCAGUGGAUGAUACUGGCCUUUCUUAUACAUCGCCUUGA